GGGGGUUGGCCCGUCGUUCCCGGGGACCCCCACGGUUCCGCGCGCGGGAGGGUCCCCCGGGGCCCCCGCGGAACCACCCUGGCCGCGCCGAGGCCGGUGUGCGUCCGUGCCCGUCCGUGCGUGUCGGGAGGCUUUCUCUGCCGGCUGCGUCCCCUUCCCCAGCCCCGGGCCGUGUCCUCGCGCCCCUGGCCGGUCCGAACCGAGGAACUCGCUUCCCCGCUUCCUCCGCGGCCGUCCCCGGGCGUUCGCACCGGCCAGUCGCUCAGCCCACCCCCGCGAAGGCGUCGGGGAAGGCCCCCCGGGAAGAGCGGCUUCAGCGCGCUCGCUUCCCGGCCCGGGCUGCGUUCGGGCCCCAGCCGUUUCAUUCUCCACCACGUUGGAGGAAACGCUGCGCGGCGGCCGUUGGGGGCUGCGAGCACAUGGGCUUGCUCCGAGCAGCGUGGUGGUGCCUCCUCGUGGCCCAGCUCGCCCUGGGCCUUGGGCCCCGCGGAGGGUGGGGUGCUGCGCCGCGCCCUCCGGUCGGCUCCGUGCGGAGCGAGGGGGCGCGCCUCCCAAACAUCCUUCUGAGGACCGCGUGGAGACCUAAUUCGGCCUGGGCUCCCCGGAUGGGCCUGCCCUGCCCACAUAACUCACCUCUGCAGACCUCCUCUCCAAGAGAAUGCCCCUUGAUGAAUCUGCGCACUUUGUCUGUAUGACUUUGACUUUAAAGAUCCUCUUCCUCCCAACCCUCCGCGCACUCGGGCGAAAAGAACUCUGCCUCUUCGGAGAACAACAUCACUGGCCUGACAGAAGACAGUUCGGCCAUUGGUCAGAAACAGAGCUGUUUCAUGGGCACGGCCUCCUCCAGAGAAGAAAGGCAAUUCUGUCAUCCCAGAAAGGCGGUCUAAGACCACGUGCCACCCGCCUUGUUUUCUUGCCAGGGUCGCAUGUGGGACUCUGCAGUGGCCCCUGUGAGAUGGCCGAGCAACGGUUCUGUGUGGACUACGCCAAGCGUGGCACGGCCGGCUGCAAAAAGUGCAAGGAAAAGAUCGUGAAGGGCGUAUGCCGGAUCGGCAAAGUGGUGCCCAACCCCUUCUCAGAGUCCGGGGGUGAUAUGAAAGAGUGGUAUCACAUUAAAUGCAUGUUCGAGAAACUGGAGCGGGCCCGGGCCACCACAAAAAAAAUUGAGGACCUCACCGAGCUGGAAGGCUGGGAAGAGCUGGAAGAUAAUGAGAAGGAACAGAUAAGCCAGCACAUUGCAGAUUUGUCUUCCAAGGCAACAAGCACACCAAAGAAGAAAGCUGUUGUCCAGGCUAAGCUGACAGCCACUGGCCAGGUGACGUCUCCAGUGAAAGGUGCCUCAUUUGUCACCAAUACCAAUCCUCGGAAAUUUUCUGGUUUUGCAGCCAAGCCCAACAACUCUGGGGAAGCCCGCUCAAGCCCUACCCCUAAGGCAAGCCUGUCCUCAAGCAGAUGUGACCCCAAGCACAAGGAUUGUCUGCUACGUGAGUUUCGGAAGUUGUGUGCCAUGGUGGCUGAAAAUCCUAGCUACAACACGAAGACCCAGAUCAUACAGGACUUCCUUCGGAAAGGUUCAGCAGGAGAUGGUUUCCACGGUGACGUGUAUCUAACAGUGAAGCUGCUGCUGCCAGGUGUUAUUAAGAGUGUUUACAACUUGAACGAUAAGCAGAUUGUGAAGCUUUUCAGCCGCAUUUUUAACUGCAACCCAGAUGAUAUGGCACGAGACCUAGAGCAGGGUGACGUGUCAGAGACGAUCAGAGUCUUCUUUGAGCAGAGCAAGUCUUUCCCUCCAGCUGCCAAGAGCCUCCUCACCAUCCAAGAGGUAGAUGCGUUCCUCCUUCGCCUCUCCAAGCUCACCAAGGAGGAUGAGCAACAGCAGGCCCUGCAGGACAUCGCGUCCAGGUGUACAGCCAACGACCUUAAGUGCAUCAUCAGAUUGAUCAAACAUGACCUGAAGAUGAACUCAGGUGCAAAACACGUGUUAGAUGCACUUGACCCCAAUGCCUAUGAAGCCUUCAAAGCCUCACGCAACCUGCAGGACGUGGUGGAGCGAGUCCUCCGCAAUGAGCAGGAGGUGGAGAAGGAGCCAGGCCGGAGACGAGCUCUGAGUGUCCAGGCUUCACUGAUGACGCCAGUGCAGCCCAUGCUGGCCGAGGCCUGCAAGUCCAUCGAACAUGCGAUGAAGAAGUGUCCUAAUGGCAUGUUCUCUGAGAUCAAGUAUGACGGGGAGCGAGUCCAGGUACAUAAGAACGGAGACUACUUCAGCUACUUCAGCCGCAGCCUCAAGCCUGUCCUGCCUCACAAGGUGGCCCACUUUAAGGACUAUAUCCCCCAGGCUUUCCCUGGGGGCCACAGCAUGAUCUUGGACUCUGAGGUGCUCCUGAUCGACACUAAGACAGGCAAACCGUUGCCCUUUGGGACUCUUGGGGUGCACAAGAAAGCUGCCUUCCAGGAUGCUAACGUCUGCCUGUUUGUUUUUGAUUGUAUCUACUUCAAUGACAUCAGCUUGAUGGACAGGCCUCUGUGUGAGCGGCGGAAGUUUCUUCAUGAUAACAUGGUUGAAAUUCCCAACCGGAUCAUGUUCUCAGAAAUGAAGCAAGUCACUAAAGCUUCGGACUUGGCCGACAUGAUAAACCGGGUCAUCCGAGAGGGGUUGGAAGGGCUGGUGCUGAAGGACGUGAAGGGUACAUAUGAGCCUGGAAAGCGGCACUGGCUGAAAGUCAAGAAAGACUAUUUGAAUGAGGGGGCCAUGGCUGACACAGCUGACCUGGUGGUCCUUGGGGCCUUCUAUGGGCAAGGGAGCAAAGGUGGCAUGAUGUCCAUCUUCCUCAUGGGCUGCUAUGACCCAGGCAGCCAGAAGUGGUGCACGGUCACCAAGUGUUCGGGAGGCCAUGAUGAUGCGACGCUUGCCCGCCUGCAGAAGGAACUGGACAUGGUGAAGAUCAGUAAGGAUCCCAGCAAGAUACCCAGCUGGCUGAAAAUCAACAAGAUCUACUACCCGGACUUCAUAGUUCCAGACCCAAAGAAAGCUGCCGUGUGGGAGAUCACAGGGGCUGAGUUCUCCAAAUCUGAGGCUCACACGGCCGACGGAAUCUCCAUCCGAUUCCCUCGUUGCACCCGGAUCCGUGAUGAUAAGGACUGGAAAUCUGCCACUGACCUCCCCAAACUCAAGGAACUGUACCAGCUGUCCAAGGAGAGGGCAGACUUCACUGUGGCAGCCGGAGACGAGGGAAGCUCCAAUACUGGGGGUAGCAGCGGAGAGAACGAGGUUACCUCGCGACCUGCCUCCAGGGCCUCCCCGAAGCAGCCCUCCACCAGUGCCAAGAAGGCAGGAGGAAGGCGGAGCAGCCCCGACAGCCGAGGUGGUAGCAAGCCCACAGCGAAGCCUCCCCCCGUGAGAGUGGGAGAGAAGCGGAAGGCUCCCGACGAGCCCCCAGGCCAAGCAAAGAGGCGGCCGGCCAGCCAGCAGAGAGGAAGGAGAGCUGUGCCCGCAGGCAGGAGAUAGAACAGCCGGGCCUCGCUGAGAGGCUGCAGGGACCCAUCGGGCUGCCGCUCCCAAGUCACAAUUUACAUUAAAGAAAGGGGAGGAAGCCCAGUCUGGGUGGAGUGCGGCUGGCCGUGUGAGUCUGUGCUGUCUGUGCUCGGGGCCAGAGCAGACCGAGCCCACGAGGAGCAGAGUGGGGAGAGGGCGCUGGCUUGGUGAUUGUCCCCCAGAGAGCCCUUCGCCUUUUGUAGCCCCUUCUCGGUCGUUGGUUUGACAACAGCUAUUGAGCACCUACUGAGGCCAGUGAUUAGGCUGGCCCAGGGGGGACGUGGGAAGUAAACACCCGAUCUCUGUACCGUGUGACGGAGCCACACAGUCCUCCCCGCUAGCCAAAGCAAGCACCGAAGUUUGGCAAGUCAGGCCCUGAGCCCCGUCCCUGGAAGAUGUGUAGAACCGUUCCCGUCUUUUCCCUGCGCGAAGCCCUUGAAUCCGUCCAUGGCCGAGGAGGGCUCCUGACCCCGCAGCCUAGCUAGUUGGGCACCGUGGACUGCUCGAUCAGCCGGCAUCCCGGAGUCCGAGAGCCACUGGUCCCGCCUGCCGGAUGGUUCUCAGACACAUGUACUUCCCCCUUCUCCAGGUCCCCGCACGGGGACCCACCCUGUCUUCCUCCUUUCCCUCUAGGCAGGGAGGGAGGGGGGUGCUUCCUCUAGAGUGGCUGGAGGACAUGGGUUUCAGUGCCUGUUCCUUUUCUCCACUAAACUCUCCGUGCUGGUGUCCUGACCACUAGGCUUCAUCUCUGGCUCUUGUUGUGUCUCAAGUCCCCUUAGUAUCUGGCCUGUGCUCGUCUCUGUGGAGGCCCAUCGGUCCCACUGCUGACCGCACUGACCCCUGUGCGUUUGCAGGUGCUGCUGGACAUCUUCACUGGGGUGCGGCUCUACCUGCCACCCUCCACGCCGGACUUCAGCCGUCUCAGACGCU